AUGGGGAAGAGCAAAAAAGUUGUCAAGCCAGAGUUGGCAGAUCCAGAAGAGGAAGCAGAGGAAGCUGAUGCUGAAGAGGAUGUGAAGGAAGAAGACGAAGAGCAAGAAGAGGAGGAGGAGGAGGCUGAGGCAGAAGAUCCUGAAAUUGAUGUGGAGGCCAUUGCGCAGAAGGCCGUGGACCACGCGCUGCUGGUCGCGAAACGGCAACUGGCGAUGGGAGGAGAGCUGAAGUUGGACGUGGGACUUGGAAGUGAGCACCUUUACUUCUCAGGCCAGGAGAAUUUCGAUACUGCCGCGAUCCCAGGAUGGUUCAAGGACAGCACCAGCAGCCUCCUUCGGCCGGCGCCGUUUCGGACAGCGCCGACAGCGCUGCGCCCGAUGUCGGCGCCACGUGAGGUCCGGGCUGCACCAGUCAGGCCGCUGGAUGAUUCCAAGGAACGCAGGGCAGAGGCGAAGAAACAGCGGGAAGAGAAGCUGGAGAAAUGGUUUGGACUGCCCAAGCAUAAGAUGACGCCUGAGUUGGAGAAAGAGCUGAAAGCCUUGCGUCUCCGCAACAAUUUCGAUCCCAAAAGGUUCUAUAAGGCCAACGAUAAACACGAGCUGCCGAAGUACUUCACCAUUGCAACAGAGGUGGGCGGAGGUAUGGCAGCGACCGGAUACAACACAAAGACCCGAGAGGUGUCGGCACACAGCGGCCGAAGUUUUCUGGACACUUUGCUAAGAGAUCAGAAAGUGGGAGAGUGGACGGCGAAGAAAAAGACAGAGGUGGCUGACAAGCACCUGGCCUCCUUGUCGAGUGGACAUGGAAAGCGAAAGCAUGAGGGAGCAAGGAGCACGAAGCGAGGAGGAUCCUGGAAGUGCCCCAGCUCGGACAAUGUCUGUCAGCCCGGCAGCUGUUGA